AUGCCACCAAAAGGUUGGAGAAAAAACCAGCAGGGCAAGUUCCCGCAAAAUCCAAAGGAUACGGAACUUGUGUCGAUCGAUGAGAUUCUUUUCCCAAAAUCAACCAUCGCCAAACUAGCAAAACAGAUCACGUCGGGCGAAAAUGACGCCAACAUGAUCUUAUCCAAGGACUCGCUAGUGGCACUUCAAAGGGCAGCCACCGUGUUUGUGUCUCAUUUGCUGUUCCAUGCGAGGAACUUGGCCAAAGACGCCGACAGGAAGAACUUCAAUGCUCAAGAUGUAUUACACGCUUUAGAAAAAGCCGAGUUCAUGGGCUUCGUGCCUGAAGUAAAGCAGAAACUCGCAACCUUCGAGAGAAACUCCGAGGCUAAAAAACUCAAAAAAGCAGACACCAAGGCACAGGUGCCUAUAUCUCUGGAUGAAGGGCCAGCAGCUAAGAAAUUGAAAGACAACACAUUGAAGUCUGUCGAUUCCACGGUGGAUCCUGGAGAUGAAACCGCACAAGAUGAGGAAGAAGACGAUGAUGCAGACACGAGGACGCUUGAGGAUGAGGACGAGGAUGACGAAAUUGAUGCACCAGAAGAGGAUUCCGAGCAUCGCGAUACGAAAACAAUCUUGAACAAAGAUGCAGAUCUCACGGUGGAUGACACAGAAGGUGCUGAUGGUUCCGAUACCGAAGGUCAGAUUGCAUAG